CGCAAAGCCAAAAGCACUGCAACGCGUGCGCGGCGCGUGAACAACUGAAUCGCACCGCGAUUCAGAAGGUGUCGCGAUGAUCCGCCCAGACACGCUGGUGGCCCUGAGCGCACUUCAUCCCGACCCUUCGGUGGAGGUGGCCCAGGCUUUGUCCUUGUCCUCGCUCUAUGGCAUAGCGGACAACUUCUCCGAAGACGAGCAACAAGCGAUCCGAGAUUUCAGGGCGGCUGCGCGGUCGUGCUAUUCCAAGCUGGGCAAAAAAGCCAAAGCGCAGCUCAUCGAAGUCGGAGACAGCAUCUUUGCUCAGAGCACGGUGGAAGAUGUGGAGAAGACCCAUGAUGAGGAGCUGGAACUCAUGAACAGUUUCUGGGAAAGUGCCACCAAAUCCUCCGUGGGUGCAUCCAGCCUCGAGGAGGAGUACGACCUGCGAACAGGCCGAUGGCUGGGCAACGGCAAGUGGGGCUGGGUGAUGAUGGCACCCAAACGUCAUGGUGGCCAGGCGGUGCUGAAAAUGAGCGACGUGCACCACGCGGAUGUAACUGCAAAGGAGUGGAUCCACGGCAGUAAGAUGGGCCGAGGACAUCGGAAUAUCGUAGAGUACCUCAAUGUGUAUCUCUACGGUGAUGAAAAUCAGACCUUCAAAAAGAAGCUCCAGGAUGGAUACAGAGACGGUAAGCUGAAGUCUGACAUCCAGAGGAAGAGCUUUCCAACUCAUUAUGUGUGCAUGACAAUAGAAGAGAUGAACUGUGGAAGCGUGCAGGGCUGGUUGGACAAGGAGAUCCUCAAUCCGCAGGGGAUGAUGGUGGUCUUGCAAGAGGUCGCUGCAGCACUGGCAUAUAUGCACUCAAACGAGAUCACGCACAAUGACAUGAAGCCUGAAAAUAUCUUCUUGCACACCGACGGACGCCGGAUCGUGUCAAAGCUUGGAGAUUUGGGCUUAGCAGAGAAGUCCACCAACACCACCAGCGACGUGACCCGCUAUGGCAUGACCGGCUUUUCGAUGGCCACCGGCGAGAAGUAUGGCUUGAGACACUAUUCCAAGGACAAGAUCUCCACCUUCGUCUCGGAAGUCGAGGCUUGUGUGAAUGGUUGUGGAGUCACUGGAAAGCUUGGAACAGCGUUGGAAGACUUGCCACGCUUGCUCCAGAAGGUGCUGUCUGAAAGCGUCUCGAUGAAAGAGGUCCGUGAUUGGAAGACGCUGCAAGGCUUCGACUUUCCGGAUGAGGGCGCUUCCUCGAGCUUGCGUCGCUCCUCCACGGAUCCAGUAGCUAUGAAAGCUGUUGAGGAAGAUGACGACUACGGCAACGGCUAUGGUCGAAGGCGUUUGGAAAAGGCCAAGUCCUCCUUGGAGCCGAAGUGUCCUCGACCGCAGAGAUGGGCGGUUCCGGAUGGUUCCGGACGUCGACCACGGGAAACACGGUUUCUGUUGGGAAAAAACGGCCCACGCGAUGGGGAGUCAUUGUGGGCUAUGGGAUGAUCAUCGAUUUGUUAUCCAGCAGUAUCCGAGUUCCUACUUACAUCUAUGUACUUACUACGGCCGACCUGAUCAACAUUUGGAUGACAUUUUAACAUGCAUCGACACAUUCUUGAGACUACAGGCUGUUGUGGAAGGAUUAAGACUACAAGUUCAAGAGUCCUGAGGUAGAACGUGUAAAGCUACCACCUUCCCCAGGUCACUCUUCAUUGUUUCCUUGAGAAAGAUUGCUUGGCUGGUGGUAAAUUGUUCAAUUCUAUGGACUUGGGCUGCAGCCUAUAGUUCUACAUUACACUUGGUCUCUUUAGCCUUAGCGCGUUUUCGUUUCUUCCCUGAACUCCGUAUGGUCACACUUCACAUGUUUUGCAGGAUCAUCACCACAUGUUUCAACGAGAUGGUCGUCCAGUCUCCGAGAAUCAAUAACAUAUCAAUGCCAUGAAUUUGGGAGUCUACUAUUUAUAGGAUAUAAAAUGAUAUAAAUAUAGCAGGCCAUACCAGGAAUCUAUAGGUUUGCAGUAUAGGACCUGGGAAUCAGUAGGAUGUACCAGGCCACACCAGGCCUAUUCUUUUGCAACCCAUGAGGGCUCACAACCAAAUUCGGCUUCCCCCUGCCACUCAGGACCAAGCCAAAACGGCGGAUCUGGGAGGAGGAUUGGUGAUGGCCUCGGGCGUCGUAGAGUUGGGAUGCCAGAGUCUAAA